GCUCUCCCCGAUAUGGCAGCGACGGGCGCCAGCGAUCCCGGAGGCCUCUCGGCGGGGUCUGGGAGGGGUGGAGGCGUCGAUGGCACUGCAGAUGAAGCUGUUAAAGAUGGAGUCACUCUAUACCUGCUACAGUCAGUUGACCAAUCACUAUUAACAGCAACAAAAGAAAGAAUUGACUUCCUGCCUCACUAUGACAUUCUGGUUAAAAGUGGCAUGUAUGAAUAUUAUGCAAGUGAAGGACAGAAUCCUUUGCCUUUUUGAUGAAACUCAAGUAAAAUCUGCCAUUGCAAAAGGAGAUAAUGGGAGAGGAAUGACCUCUAAACAACUUAACAUCUGGGCUGUGUACAGGUUGUCCAAGUUUACAAGACAAG